AUGGCAAUACGCUCUGACAGAGAGGAUUGGAAGUAUAUCGAAUCGAAAGCCUAUCGAUAUGUGAAAACAAUAAAAGAAGAUCCUCCCUUUAUCAGAGAAACAAAUCAAACCAAAAUUCGAAACCAAAUCGUGGAAGAUGUGAUUCAAUACAACAUUCCAGUGGUGAUUGAGGGAGUGACUUCGUCAGGCAAAACAUUCACAGUGGAGCAAUACUGUCGACGUUCUCUCGUUCCCUUUGUGAGAUACAACUUCAGUCCUUCGUCCACAACUGAGGAAUUGCUUGGAGAUAUGGUGAUUACGAACGAUGAUACAGAAAAGAUCAAAUUCCAGGACGGAGCUUUCACGGAUGCAUUCAUCCAUGGCAAACUGCUAUUGAUGGAUGAAAUGUCUCUGGCUCCUCCUUCUGUGGUUCAGAGUGUGUUAUCGUAUUUGUUUGGCAAGAAGAUUCUUCAUGAAGGCAAGGAUGGAAGUGAAGAACGUGUAAUGCAUCGAGAUUUCCGCAUUAUUGCCACUCAGAAUCCUGCUGGAAGUUCAUACAAGCGAAACAAUCUGUCUUCUGCAAUUCGCGAUUGUUUCCGCUUUAUCACUCACGAUUCAACGAGACCGAAAUACUUCCCAAUGAUUGGUAAAGAGGAAAGAUUGGAUAUCAUAACGGCGAUGUUUGGAAAAGACACAAAAAUCGGAAGAAGAGUGUGUGAGAUUCAUGAUCGAGCUGAUAAUCGAAAGAAUGUGUCUGGAAAAGAGAUUGAUAAAGGGAAGGAUUACACACUUCGAGAUUGUAGUCGUGCAAAAUGGAUGAUGGAAACACUGAUGGAUAAAGAGAAAAUCGGUGAAAGUAAUGCAUUGGAUCGGGCUUUACAAAUCGCAUAUAAUGAAGAUUUGAAAACAAAUCCAGUAUUCAAAGCGGAUAUUACUUUCAGCGAAGCUGCAUUAGACAAGGAAUGCUGGAAGGAUGUGUAUGAUCGAGUUCGUCUAGGACUGGAAUCUGGAUGUCAUGUUCUAUUGAUUGGAGAAACGGAAUAUGUAUCUCGAAAGUAUUGUCGAGCAAUAAUGGAGAUAAUGCAGAGUGAAGGAACAUCCUGUGAAGUGAUUCAUUGCAGUUCGACUUCUUCAACAGAAAGUGUGAUUGGAAGCUAUUCACUCGAAAAAGAUACUGAGGGCAAACCAGUUCCUCGUUUCUGUCCUUCUCCAUUGCUUAAAGCGAUUGAAAAUGGAGGUAUUUGUGUUCUUCAAUCGAUGCAUUUGAUGAAAUCGAAUGUGAUCGAGCGAUUGAAUUCUGUGUUGGAAUUAUCACCUGCAGAUGGCCAUCAUCAUGUAGUUCGAUUUGAUGAACGUCGAGAAAGACCCGAAUUCGAAAUGAGUCCCGAAUUCCGUGUAAUCGCAACAACGUCUGAGAAAGGUUUGCUGGCAUUUUCUCCUGCCUUGAGAAAUCGAUUUUUGGAAGUAUUUGUGAGUCACGAAGAUGCAAAGCGAUUUGAAAACUCUCCCAAACUGGGCAAGUUUACAAGAGAUGAUAUUGGUGAUUUGAUUCAUGAUUAUUCUCAAACAAUCGACUGGUUUCAGCAGAAAGAACUCCAUCGAAUGGCCUGUUUUGCAAGAGAAGUGUGUGAAUACAAAUUGGAUGAAUAUCUGAUUGAAAUGCUCGCUAGACAACCACCAAUUCCUGAACUGCAAUCCCUUCGAAGCCAUUGGACUGAAGCUUCAAGAUUGUUCUAUUGUAUUUGUAGGAACAAGGCUGUGGCAUUGUGUGGACCUAGAGGCAGUGGAAAGUCCUAUGCAAUUCGCGAAAUCAUCAAUAAGCUCUAUAUCAGAAACUAUCAAGUGUUCAGUGUAUCUGGAGAAACCGAGUUUUCCACUUUGAUGGGAAGUAUGGAUAUGAAUGGCGAUUUCCGAGCUGGAAGAUUGCUCCAAGCUGUAGAAAGUGGAGGAUUAGUGAUAUUCGAAAAUGCUGAAAACAUGUCAGCAGAAUUACUGGAAAUGCUUGAUACUGUUUGUGAUCCUUUCACUGAUGAGUUCACUUAUCCAGCUUCUCUCAAUCAUUCAAUUCAUCCUUCAUUCCGAGCUUUGUUCGUAUUCACAACACGUCGAGUGAAUUCGUUGCCUUCUCUUCCUGCUUAUUUCGAUAUUUGUGAAAUGAGUCCAAUCCAGAGUGAUGAAGCGAAAGAAUUGAUGAAUAGUGAAAUCUGCAAACGAUUAUGUGAUCAUAUUGAUAGUAAUGAGAUUCCAUUGAAUGAAGUAUUCACUCUGGAUAAGAUUUGUUUCAAUACUUCUCAUCCAAUUUGGAUUGUAGCAGCAUUGUUUGCCGAUCGAAUGGAUCGCAAAGAAUUACUUGAGAGAGUGAUAGAGGAAUGGAAAAAGACAGCUGACGCAGAAAUGAAACAAGAAUUGGAAAUGGCAAGUGUGGUUUUGUCAACUCCAACAGUAACAGCAAUAAUACUCCCAGCGAAUGAAUCGAGUUCAUUGCUUCAACGUGGUCCUCUCGAAACAACAGUGCCAAUCGAAUAUUCAAAACUCAAGGAUUUGGAUUCUUCUGUAUUAACUGCAUUAUUUACUCUUUCUAUUUCCAAUUUCAAGCAAACUCACCUUCCUGUGUUAUUGGUUGGUGAUUCAGAUAUUGCUUCUGAAAUCACUCAUUUGCUGUUUCCCAGUGCUGCUCAUAUGGAAAUGUCUCGUUCAAUGGAAAUGUCUCACACAUUUGGUGAGAUUUCUGUUUGUCGUAAAGAAGAUAUUCAAUACAUUCUGAGACAAACAUCGAUCCAAAAUGUUGAUGGAACUCCAAUGGAAACAUAUCAAGAAUACCUGAAGAGGUUAUUGUAUGGCAUGGUAGAUAAUGAAUCAUUGCUCAUGAUGCGUCCUGGUCCGAUUCUCCGUUCGAUAAUGAGUAACAAUUCGAUCGUGUUGAACAAUAUCAAUCUAUUGAAUGAUCGAUUGCUUCCUCGAUUAUAUUCAUUGUUGUUUAGUUUAGAUUCGCAAGAGUUUAGUCUAUUUGAAGAUUAUUCCCAAAUUCAAACAGAGAUUCUUGGUAAAUCUGUGAAUGCGAUUGUAACAUGCGAAGAUCCAGAUUAUGGAAGAGUUGCAAAGAAAGACCAAUUCAUUCAAGUGUUUUGUCAACCCUAUUCUGGAUUAGAAAGGGCGAAAUAUGAGUUUGAAAAUCGAGAUGACUAUCCUUUGCACAUUCUACGAAAAUCAGAUAUGUUGAGGAAUGAAUUUGUGAAUGCUGAGAAAGUGAUUCCAUUCUAUUUUCGAUUCCUUCAAUCUGAUUUGGCAUCUCGAGAGAAUCUGAUUCAAAUAGGAAUGAUGAAUGAGGAUUUGGAGGAAGUAAGUGAAUUCCUUCAAUCAAGCAACAAGGAUGAUGCAAUGAUAGAAGAUUUGAAGCAAACUCUAUCAUUCCUAUUUACAAAUGAUGUAAUUGAUGAUAUGGAAUCCAGUCUUCAAUCCAAGCAUCCAUUACUUCCUACAAAGACCACAAUUCAGCUAUUGGCAUCCAUCGUAUUGGCAAAUCGAAGUCAUCUUCCUCUGAUUCUAGAAGGAGAUCCUGGAGUAGGCAAAACUGUUUCCGCUGAGAAUUAUUUCGUAAAGGAGAGUCUUGUUUAUAAGCGAAUCAAUUUUUCGAAUACCAUAACGAUUGAUAGUUUGUUUGGAUGUUAUACGAUUGUGAAUGGAUCAUUACAAUUCAGAGAUGGAAGUAUUACAGAACUAUUGAAAAGAGGAGAUCACUCAGAUCAACGAAUAGCAUUGUUAUUAGAUGAAGUGAAUUUGGCUCCAUCAGAUGUGCUUGAAGUAUUACUCACUCUGAUUCGUUGUUAUGUGAAUCACGAUCCAUUCCAAGUUCCAGGAGGCGAUUUGAUCAAUAUUCCAUCGAACAUGCUGAUCAUUUGCUGUAUGAAUCCAGCAUCCAUGUCAGCAAAUCGCAGCACAUUGCCUCGUCAAUUCUACAAGUAUUGUAUUUAUCAUCGUGAUUUGAAAUUCACAUUGAAUGAAUUGUUCGUCACAGCUCGUCAAAUCUUGAGUAAUGUAAUGGAAUCGGAAGAAGAAUCAACAGAGAAUCAGAUUCUUGAUUUGUUUGAAUAUUCCUACAACUCCUAUCAAAAGACAUCGAUUCCAUUCUCGCUUCGAGAUGUAUUGAAAGUGGAUCAGAUUGUGAAUAAUGGAAAUAACCUAUCAUUGGAAACUGCUUUAUGGUUGGUGUUUGCUUGCCGUUAUGAAGAAUCGGAGAGAAAAGAAAUCGAGAAGAUAUUGAAGCUGGAAGAUAGAUUAAGAGUUGAUAUUAUCAAACAAGACGACCAAUGCGUUGUUCGUGGUUAUUGGGACAUUGAAACUCGACAAAUGUAUUCAGGAUCUUUCAAAGAGUAUUGUUUCACUUCAACAGAGAAAGUGACGAUAUUCAAGUUGAGUCUUGCUUUACAAUCCAAACGAGCCAUUUUGGUUUAUGGUUCUUCUCCCUCUGGCAAAUCGUAUUGUAUUUCGAAUCUGGCAUUGAUGUGGGAUAAACGAUGCACUUCGGUGUUUUUGAAUCAUGAAAGUUCUCCAGAUGUGUUCAUCGGUCGAAGUACUCUUGGAAUUGAUGAAAAUGGGAAUGAAUGUAUCAAAUUCCGAGAAGGUCCGCUGUUGAAAGCAAUGGAGAGUGGAGAUUGGAUUGUGAUCGAAGAUAUUCAUUUGGCAAACAAUGAUGUGAUGGAAUCGCUGAAUUCUCUGUGUGAAGAAAAUCCAACACUGAAGGUAUUAGCAGGAAAUGAAGAAAUAACGUAUUCAAUGCAACCGAAAGAAGGCGAAAGGAAAAUUGACGAAGCAUUCCGAAUCUUCUUUACAAUAUCGGACAAUACAUUGAAACACUUCACUGGACCAUUCUUGAGUCGUUGUGUGAUUGUGUAUUGUGAUCCAAUAUCGACUCAAGCAAAUGUUCAAGAAAUCUGCCAAACCUCUGUAUCAACACAAAAACCUUGUAACUUUGGAAGCAAAGAAUCGAAAACAUUCCGACGAUGUAUUCGAGUGAUAAACAGUAAAGAAAGAGAUGCAUUCUUGUAUGAAUUUGGAUAUUAUCCGAAGAGUAACAGAGUGGUGUCGAAUAUCUAUAUCCCCAAAUCUAUUGAUUUUGAAUUGUUUGAAUUUUUGGACAAUGUGAAGAGUUUGUCAGAAACUGAUAGAAUGACUCGAAUGAUUGCUAUAAUGGAAAAGAUUUGCACAAGUACAAAGAGUGCAUUUGUGAUUGAAGACACUAUCGAGCUACUACAAAGCUGCGUAAAGUAUUUUGAAUACCAUUUUAUCUACUAUGUAAUGGAUUGUGCAAUCAAAGUACUGGAUAUGAAAGAUCUUCAGAAUUGCAUAAUAGCGAAACAAAGAGGAGAAAAUGCAGGUGUUCUUCGUCGUUGGUAUUUGAUUUCAUCGAUUGAUCCGAAAAUGAAAGGCAAAUACAGAAUGUCAGAUUGGAUGUUUAACCAAGAACUCACUCUUAAACAACUAUUCGAUAUUCCUUCAAAAAAGCAAAAAAUAUAUUUGGAAUUGCUGUUUAUUUGUGAUAGAAGAGAUGAAUUAUAUCGGUUUAUGGGAGAAACUGUAUUGAAUGACUUGGUGCUUGAAGUAUUUUCAUUGUUAAAUACGAGUAGUCGGAGUGACUUGACAGAAGAUAUGCUAAAAGAAAUAAUUAAUAUUCGUGAUAUCUUUUUGGAUGUGAAAAAAAGAGAAAGACAUUUAAGAGAGAAGGCUAAAGCUGUUGAUUGUAUAAGUCUUCGCAAUGAAAUCAAGUCAGUAAAGAUAUCAAUUGAGAGUUUCCCCUCUGAGAUAAAGGAAUCUGAUAAUGCUAAAGAUAUAAUAUACACUCUUGAAUCAAUUGAAAGUUCUGCAAAAAUGAAUGUGAUAAAUUAUGGAGGGAUAGAGGAUGAUGAUGAACAAGGAAUGAAGUUCAAAUACUCUGAAGCAGAAUAUUAUUGUGGUAAGGAUGAAGAAUUGAGAAAUUACUUGAAACAGGCAUUUGAAGAUGGAAUGAUUGAUAGUAAAACAUACAAAUCAAUGAAUUUCAAUGUAAAUGAGUCAAAGUAUACAAAGUAUGAAUACAAAUCAAGAGCAAAUGAAUACAUUGUAAAAACAUCUCAUUUGAUUUAUAAACUGAAAUCAUUCGAAAAUUAUCCAACUAUAUUGAGUGAAUAUGCAGAUGUAUUGAAUCGAUUGGAAUUGAAUGUGGCUGAUAUUCUAAAAGAAUUCAGUAGUUCAUCAAUUCUCCUUCCUUAUUUAUUGAAAAUGCUGAAUGUGCUGCUGAAGAAGGAAAUGGAAAACUUGGAUUGGGAAAGAUUAUUAGAGGAUUACAGCGAAUAUCCAUUCAUUACUCCUGUUGAAGUGACUCAAGGAGAUUUUGAAGCAGCUAUUAAAGCGCUGUUUGAGAAAGAUUGGUAUAAAUCAUACUGGAAUAAGGUAAAAGAUAAAGCUAAAGACCGUUCUGAAGCAUAUUCGAGUUUGAAAGAAGAAUUGGUGAACAAAUGUUAUUCCGCUUAUUCAACAAUAGAAAUUAAAUUAAAAGUCCCAUUAUUAUUGGAUGCUGUUGAUAACUGUAUUGAAUCCGAAUUAAAAGGAUACGAUUAUCUGGAAGUAUCUCAGGUUGAUGUUUGGUGGAAAUGUGAUCUUCCUACUCUUAUUGAACCAGGAACUACAAUCCCGAGCGAGACGUUAAAAAUGGAACGGUCUCUACUUAUUCCUUACGAUCCAGAUUAUCCUUUACUGGAAUUAAUGUGGGGAGAUAACUGUCCAUUGACUAUUGAAGACAAACUGGCUAUUAUAUGUCCACGCAAACGAACGAUGGAAGGAAAAGUGGUAUUGGAUAUAUUAGAAAAGCCAUUUCUAAACAAAGCAUUAACUCAAAUUAUUAUGGAAGUAACAAAUAUUGAUGAACUUGUAUCCAGAGUUAUUGACACUGCUGAAGAAAAUAGCAAGAAAGAGUUGGCCAAAAUGAAACAGGAAUUGGAAGAUUUGGAAACAAAGAAAAGUGCUAUGGAUAAAAUAUAUGAAGAGAAGCAGACAGAGGCCAAACAGAUGAGACAACAAUUAAUUGAUAAAUACACAAGGCUAGCAAGUGAAAAAACCAAGAUGAAUGGUAACAAGAAGGAAUACGAAAGGCGUAAUGGGAAUACCAUCAAGAUGCUUGGCUAUAUGCAUGCUGUGAACAACCUAAGUGAAGAUGAUUAUUCUAAGUUUCUAGUACAAGCUCCUCAGGAAAAGUAUGAUUUAAAGUAUAAACCUUGUUAUGAAUAUCACCCUUUUGAUUUUCAAAUGAUUUUUGUCCCAAAAAAGCACAAAGUGCUUACAUGUAAUCAACAACUUUCAGUUAUAAUAUCUGCUCCAGAUGGAUUGAGUGAAUAUUUACAAUCAAGUACUAUUUUGAUAAAGGGUGAUAAAAUAACCAGUUUUGGUAUUCAUAUUCCUGAUGGUUAUUUGCUAGUGCUUCCAUUGGCGCCAUUCAAAUGGAAUGUUAGUAUUAAGAUAAAUGCUAAAAAAACUGAAUUAAAAAAGCGUGAAAUAUCACUAGUAUAUUACACAAAUGAACAGGGUAAAUUGGUUAACAGUAGUUACGAUAAUAGUGCAGAAUCAAAUGCUCGUAUAUAUUUUUUGCUUUGCCUUCUAAAAUGCAUGGUAUUUAUCAGAGAUUAUUUCAACCUAAAAUACGCCAAUUUAUUAUCUCAAGAAAAGUUAUAUGCAUAUAAUAAAAAUCACUAUUCAAUUUCUGGAAAGUAUCAUUCUUCCAGCUUUUACUUCAAUAAUAACAAACCAUACAAUUGUAGUUUAUUUAAGAAUACCAUUAUUUGUAACUGUAAUUUCAAGGUUGAUUGUAAUGAAAUCAAUUCUUUCAAUGAUGUAUUACCACAGAAUCAAAUAAGCUUGGAACUAACAAAAUCUUCUUGGUCACUUGAUGAUUAUCUUUACAUUGGAAACGAUUUUGGCUCUGUUGAGAGUGUAGCUGUUGAAUCAAGAGAUGAUGUGAGCAACUUUAAGAAUCUAGUGGAAAAAUGUAAUGAAUAUGAAAAGGAACUGGAUUAUUUGAGAGAUGAUAUUCAAGAAAAAAGAAAAGAAUAUGAAAAAGAGCAAAAGGAAAUGGAAUCAAUUCGAUUUAUGUUUUUCCCUAGUAAAUCGGAAAUGGAUUCAACAAUACAAAGUGAGGUUACAUUAUCAGAUUCAAUUAUUACCAUAUAUGAAAACAGUAAAGCAUCAAUUUGUCUUCCUGAAAAUAAAACUUACUAUCUACCAGUUAGUUACGUCGAAGAAAAUGGAAAUGAAAUAUCUAUACCAUACUAUUCGACAAGCAGUGAAAUAAAAUUGGUAGUAAGAAGUAAUGAUUGUGAUAUCAGUGAGAGUUCUAACAGAUUCGUAUUUGUCAUGAAGGAUAACGAUAUUGGACAGAAGAGAGUUAGUUUAAUUGCUACAGUAUAUCGAAUGUCAGAUAAUGAGAAACUAGCAACUGAAGAAUUUUAUUUGUGUUAUGAGAGGAAGUCAUUGCCAAAUCGUAUUGUAACAUCUGCUCCAUGUUAUCUACAUACUGCUGCCAACUCCAAUAGUAAUAAUAUUCUUUAUCCAACAAUAUUACCAAUUAAUAUUGUAGUAUAUAGAAAUGGUAAAUGUAAGCAAUAUACUGCAACCAAUAGUAAAUGGAUAACUAUCUCAUCAAUGCCAUGUGUUGAUGUUUCGUGUUCUGAAAUGAAAAAGUCUAGUUAUCCAUUAGGAACUCAUUUCAUAUGGAAUGAGAACGAGAUAAAGGUUUUGAAAAACGAAGAAAUACGAAUAAACCAAAUUCAAAUUGAUCAUAAAGGUCAUUUCAAUGCUCAAUCAGUUAUCCAAAAUCUCCAGUCAAGCAUUUUUAGUACUUUCUAUGAUUCAUUACUUUCUUUACCCAUUGCUCUCCUAUAUGCAAACGAGAAAGAAAAACAAAUGAUGAUAUCAAUUUUAAAUGGAUGUCGAAUAAGUAUAAUUCUCCCUUCAAUAAAAAUAGAAGCUGAACGCAUUAUGAAUAUGGUUAUCAGUCAUCAUUCUAUUUUAUCGUGGAGUUCUUUAAAUAAGAAAAAGCAACAAUCAAAGCAAAAGCAAUCGAAACGAUAUAAGGGUAACUCAAAAACUGUAGAACUGUAUGAAGAAAUGAAAGACGACGAAAUCAAGAAUAACAGUCAGGCCUUGAAAAGACCAGCUCGAUAUCAUAAACUAGAUAGGGUCGUUAUUGAUGAUAUACAUAGGCAGGUCCAACUGAUAAAACAAAUGGAAAACCUUGAAGACAGUUCUGCUAUAUCUGAGAAAAACAAACCACAAAACAAUAUGAAUAAAACGGAGAUACGGGAAUAUAAAUCCUCAAAUUAUAAAGAAUAUCUAGAAACAAUGAAAUCAUUGAAAAUGGAUGAUUUAUUUGAAUCUAUAUACCAACGUCGAACAAUUCUUAAGUAUGUUAUUCCGUUUAGUAACAAUGAAACCCUGAAACAUGAGGAAAUGAAGCCAAUUAGAAAUUUGAUUGAUGUUUCAGUUAUUGAGGCUGUUGUAAGUCAAUCUACUGGUGUAAUAGCAUUACUGAAACAACAGAAGUGUAUGAAUCGCAAACCUCAUUCAACAAUUAAUAUUAUUAUCGAUACAAAUUGUAGUCUGAGAAAGAAUAAGCUUCGAAUGCGAACUAUUAUUUCAUGCAUUUUAGUAAUUGUCAUGAAGGAACUUGGCAUUUCAUUCAAUCUGUAUGUUUUUUGUGGAAGAUACAAAGGUGCGUUUGUUUCUAUGGAUAAUCGAUCUAUUCGGGAAAUUAUAUCGUUUUUGUUUGAUAUUGAAGAAGUGGUGAAAAUGCCUUCGACUCCAUUGGACUUAUUGACCGUUUCAGGCCAUUUCAAUGAAAAGGAUCCAGUCGUGAUUGUAAGUGAUGGAUUUAGUGAACAGUUAAUGUCGCAAAAUGAUGAAGUGAGGACAGUAUUUAAGCGGUAUAGAAAGUUGUUUUUGCUAUGUGUGAAAGGAAAUAAUAAUGAAACCCUUAGUGCAUUAAAUCAAUCUUUACUAGAAAGAUCAUUGAGAGCCAAUUUCAAUAAGAACAUGAUAAUAAUAAUAGAAAGGAUCAAUGAUAUUUAUAAUAAUGGUAUAAAAAUCAUUGAGGAUAUAUUAUUUGAUUCAGGAAAAAUAAAAAUGAAUGCUGUGGCAGAUGCUUGUCAAUCAACAAAAUGGGCAGAUGUAUUCACAGAUGAUCUACGAAUGGCAUUUGAAGUUAACCAGUCAUUGGUUGCAAUCAACACAUUAUCAAGUAUAAAGCCCGUCAGAAUGGUGGAUCUAUCAGAAGACCAAUUAUUGACGAAUCCAAAGAAAAACCCUAAUAGUACUGUUAUAAACGCGAUUAGCAAGUUCAUCCAAGGUGAGAAUCUAUUUGAUGCAAUGAACACGUCUCUGUUCAUUCCUAAUAAAUCGGCAGCCUUUGUUGCAUCCACUUCAGGAACUUCGAUUCAUAUGGCAAACUACAUCAAGUAUGUGGCUAGCAAAACUGGAGAUGGCAAGUUCUUCAAGAAGCUUGGAGGCGAAAAGAUACGAAGUUACAAUGCGAGCAUUGUGAUUGAUUGUUCUUCAAUUGCCUUCAGCGAAACGAACCGAGUUCAUUCAUUAUAUACAAUCUUUACAAUCCUUCGGAAUCUGAGUAAUAUGCAACUGCCUUGUAUUGAUUUGUGGGUGGCUUCUUCUCAAAUCAUUCGUAUUGCAACAGGUAUAUUAUCGAUGGAUUUGUGGGAAAGUAAUAUUGUUGCUGCUUUAUAUGAAUACUUGUUAUCUCCCUGUCAGAACACUUGUUUACCUGAUUGUAUUCGCUAUGCUUGUUGUACGUGUAAUGCUCGGUCAUACCCAUCUAUUAUGAUGGUUCUAACAAAUGGUGUUCUAUGUAAUGAAUCCAGAGAAGAAAUAAUAUCAAUUGUGAGUGGAAUCGAAAUGACUUAUCUUGGAAUAGGACUUGGCUUGUAUUUGUGUGGAUUUGAAGAUUUGUUCCCAACAAUGAUUUGGAAUUCAAAUCCAAACCAAUUGUCUGAAACAAUGAUGAAUCUAACGAUUGCCUCAAUAAAUGGAAAUCAGAACGCAGUGCCAGCGAAGAAAAUCGACGAAAUGAUAUUGAGUAAAACAUUUAAAAGAUCACAUAAAGAUUUGUUAAGUCGUAUUUGUGAUAUUCUAAGUAUGCAUGAAAUGACUUUAAGCAAUGUCAGAUUCGUUGACAAAACAGAUGGUAUUCAUGCAAUGAAAAAGAUUGGUGAUAUUACUAAUAGCAUAUAUGAUUUAGGAAUCGAUGGAGCAUUUAAGGAUUAUUCGAUCCUGUUCAUUAUUCUUUAUUUGUGUCGAGGAAUAAAGGAUGAAAAUGGUUUGGUGAUUGAUGAGUAUAUUACUGAGGAUGUAUUAAUCAAUGGGAAAGUUAUAAAUGGGAAAAGAUUCUCACCUGCAAUAAAGCUUGGAGAUAAAGUAGUAAAUGGAAUACCUAUUGGGAAAGGAUUCGAAAUUCAUUAUGCCUUUGAUUACAAAACUGCAAUUAGAGAGUUGAUGAGUGGAAAAUAUCGAAUGACAUACAUUACUUGCUCUCCUGGAGAUGGAAUCAUGGCAAAAAAAAGUGAUGAUGAUGUGGAUCAAUAUGCAGAUGCCUUUGUGAGUUGUGUUUAUGAAUUCAACAAGAGAGGAGGUGGAGUAUUCUGGUUUUUAGAAAACUAUCCAUUCACUUAUGAAGCUGAUCUGUAUUUUGAGAAAUUCUAUGGAUUUGAAGCAGUGGGAGACAAAGACAAAAACAUCCAGGGAGGUAAUGUGAUGGAAAGAGUGAUCAGUGAAACACCGAAAUCAGGCCAAUUUAUCACUAUUGGAGGCAAAGCAACUAAUUUUGAAAAUAUAACUCGUUUGGAUUUGGGAAUAGUAAGUAUUUUUGAGGGAAGAACACUUUGUACGUUAAAUGAGAAGAGUUUUGUAGACAAUGGUUUCCGCAUAUUUGCUAGAGAAAGUGAAGGAAAUGCCACAAUUUUGGUGAGAGAGAAGCAAGAAGGAAGUAAAGAAGGCAGAAUGAUUAUUGAUACAGCUGCAUCCAAGCUAUUUUUAGAGUUCACAGAAGAAGGAACAGCGAGAUGGAUAAGCAACGCUGCAGUUUGGUUGUGUAACACGGAAGAAUUCGAAGAAGAACGAGCUAAAAAUACUAGCCUGACAACUGGAAUCAAGAUGGAUGGAGUAAUGUUGCCUGAUCGGAAGAACAUGGAGAAGCGGCAAGAACCUUAUGAAAUACAACAGUUCAAAUUAAAUCAGGUUAAUUUCUGCAUUAGUAUUGUGAUGGAUACAACAGGGUCGAUGGAAGAAUAUAUUAAUGCUACAAGAGACAAUAUCGUUCUAAUAUUGGAUAAAAUAAAGCAAGUAGAGAAUGAAUAUAAUAUUAUAGAUGGUGGAAUUGUUGGGCAAGUGGUUCAAUACAAAGAUUAUCGAGAUGUUUACACGGGCGAAAAGGAAGAAUAUAUCACUAAUGAUUUUGAAAAAUUGAAAUCAAAGUUAUCUACAUUUGAUGCUGAUGGAGGAUCAUCUGGAGCAAGGAAAUUUUGUUGGUGUGAAGAUAUUCAAGGAGGAUUGAUAAGAGCCUUAAAACAGAUCAAACUAUCGGAGUAUUUAGAAUACUAUCAUUUGAUAUUAAUAGUUGGUGAUUAUCCUAAUCACCUUGAUCUUACUGAUUGUGGAGUCGCUUUAACAGAUGAGGUUGAACAAAUAAAAGACAAAUGGAAUACAAUAUAUGAGGAAAUUCGUUCAAUUCCAAAAAUAAGAAUUAUGUUCAUGCCUGUAAGUUGUGGAGAGAUAGUUAACACAAUGAAAAGAAUGCAGUCAGAACUAGGAUCAGAAAUAGUAGAUAGUGCUGAAGUAACAACAGAAACUAAUUUUAUAGAAGUGGUAACACAGACUGCAAUAACAGAGUAUAAGCGAUUCAUUGGUAUAUCCUAA